AUGCAUACUUCUUUUUUCUUUUAUAUUUUUUUUUAUUCGUUAUUUGUUUAUCUAUUAUUAAAAGGAUAUUUAAUAAAUAAUGUAAAAAAAACAAAUUGUUUAUUAUAUGCGACAAAAAAAAACAAAAAAAAAGCAAAAUUAGUUCACAUCACUGUAAGUAGUGAUAAUGAAAUAGGAAGGAAAGGAGAAAUAAAAAAAGUGAAAUUAUCUCACGCUUUUAAUUACAUUAUACCUCAAAGACUUGGUUAUAGAAGUACUCCUGACGAGUUAGCAGAAAAGGAAAUAAAAGAAAACACUCUUGGAUAUAUAGAUGAAAUAAAAACAAGUUUUAUAAGGAAUUAUAAAAAGAAAUUGAAUAACACAAUUAUUCUUUUUUAUUUUAACAAAGAUGAAAAGUUUGUUGUCACUCAGGAUAAUGUAUUAGAUUAUCUCUUAGCUCGAGGAUUAAUAAGAGAAAAUGACGAUGUGUAUGAAAAAAUAAAAAAUAAAAAAAUAAAAAUCACAGAUUUUGGUAGCUAUACUAUAAAAUAUUCUUUUAUAAAUAAUAUAAAUAUUGACGUUGCAAUUCAUAUAAUUAAAAAUAAAUAA